AAAACAUGAAUGAUCCAGAGCCCUGCAGAAUAAAACAGGAAGAUAUUGAACAACAAAUAGACCUGAUGGAAGAGACCAAGGAGAUUGAAGAACAUCAGGUCAAAACUGAAGAGAUAUCCUGGAGUUCCUCAUUGAAAAACGACAAUAUAUGUUUCACUUGCUUUCACUGUGGAAAGAGUUUCUCAUGCAAGCGAAAUCUUGAGCUUGAGAUAAUAUUUCAUUUUGGAGGGAAGCCAUAUGCAUGUGAUGAGUGCGAGAAGAUUUUUACAAUUAAAGGAAACCUUAUUGAACACAUUAGAAUUCACACUGCAGAGAAGCCACACACACGUGAUCAAUGUGGGAAGAGUUCCCCACAAAAACAAAACCUGGAUGAGCAUGAGAAAAUCCACACACUGGAAAGGCCGUACGAAUGUGAUCAAUGUGGGAUGAGUUUCCCAUAUAAAAGAAACCUUGACAAACACAUGAGGAUCCACACUGGAGAAAAGCCGCACAAAUGUGAUCAAUGUGGGAAGAGUUUUGCACAAAAAGGAAACCUUAAAGUACACAUGAAAAUCCACACUGGAGAGAAACCAUAUGCAUGCGAUCAGUGUGGGAAGAGUUUCACACAUAAAGGAAACCUUAGCGUACACAAGAACAUCCACACUGGAGAGAAACCAUAUGCAUGUGAUCAAUGUGGGAAGUGUUUCAUACAAGUGCCUUUUAAUGAUCACAUGAAAAUCCACACUGGAGAGAAGCCAUAUGCAUGUGAUCAUGCGGGAAGAGUUUUGCACAAAAAAGAAACCUUCACGAACACAUGAAAGUCCACACUGGGGAGAGGCCGUUCACAUGUGAUCAGUGUGGGAAGAGAUUCACACAUAAAGGUAACCUUAAUGAACACAUAAAAAUCCACACUGGAGAG